UCUGCGCGGGAGAAAGCGAGGGCGGCCCGAGCGGGGGCAGCGGGGGAGCUGUGGUCCGAACUCGCUGGGGAAUUACCGAGAGUGCGGUGUGGCACCGGAGAGAGCGGCUGCGAUUCUUCCCUGUUUGGGAAUCGUUAGCACAAGCAGUAUUAGUAAAUGCUCCUUCAGAAAGACAAGACGGAGAGGCUUUAUGGUUGCUGCAAGGACGGUUUACAGUUUGGGAAAUAGGCUUGGCCGUGGGAAAUUUGUUCUCAGCCUUCUCAAAGGUAGCUUAUUUCUCUGUAACUAGAAGCGUCUCCCUGGGGAGAGGACCUCUCCUAGGCUGACGCAUAGGUGAGAUGUAUUCUUGGUUGUGCGAGAUUCAUCUGUAAAGAUCUUCACCCUUGAGGGUGUACACUGGCCAUGGCGGUUUGUCUUUUGAAUGACAAGAAAAUUUGGUUUAAUUGUAAUGUGCUGAGUUAGUCCAAACAUGCAAGAAGUGGCCUUUAGCCAGCCAGCAGCUGCCCUUGACCAGUAAGAACUGUUGCACUUCAGCACCCAGUAUCUGCUGCCUGACGUUGUUCUGAGACUCCAUCACAUCGUGAUGACCUGGAUUUGACCUGAACCUUUACGUUUCUAGAAUGGCUUUUGAUGCUUUUCUUCAUUUGGGACCUUGCUCUUGCAAGCAGAGAAAUAAUGGUAAAAUAAAAUGGACAUGCAAUUUUUUUUUGCGUUAUGGCAAUAUCCCUUUCCUCUUUGCCUAGUUAAGUCAUGGAUAUAGUCUAAAGUCAGCAAGGUAAGAAUGAAAAGGUUUUGGUUUACUGUGUUGCCUGUGUUAGCUGCUCCUGCUUUCCAGGGAGAAAUUGUUGCAACUGAAGGAAUGUGACGGUGUUUUUAAAGGAGGUGAAUGUAAGUAGCGAUAUGCUAUGCAAAUGUGAUUUUUUUUUUUCCUGGUCUUUAGUUUUAAUAUAACUUAGCACAAGGUGUUUGCUACCACACCAGACAUAAAGUAAAACUGGCUGUUGGUAGCCUCUGUUUCAUUUUCUGCAGUCUCUUUUGUAUCAUUUUGAAGAAUGGUCAGAAAUUGGAGUACAAACUGAUGAGCUGAGUAUAUGGCGUAUUGGUUAUAGUACACAGUAAUUUCUUGCAAAGCAUUUAAGUGGGCAGGAGUACAGCUUCUAUUUCCUGUUCACCGAUGUGAGUCUAUUAAAGUCCAUUAGAUUAAUUCUGAAAUUGCUUUGCAAGGUAAAGUUUAUUGGCUAGACCUGGCUGGAUGCAUUGGAAGAUUUCCUGGAGAGAUCAGCAUAUGGUAUUUAAAGCUGGUUUGUGUGCAGCUAUUAUUUUUGGUUCAUUUAAAUCAGUGUUAUUUCUGAUUUCAGAAAAAUAAUUCUGUACUUAAGAAUGAUAAGCAGUACAGCUGUGACUUUCCUUGAAGAUUGAAAAUUAGUUUAUAAAAUAAGGUAUCUCUUUUCUUCGUGCAUCUCCAGCAGCAGCCUCUCUGCUUGUCUCUGAUGUUGACAUUCAGAUCUGAAUACCUUUAAAAAUAGCUGCAGAUGAAAGAGCUCAUUGUGUCAGCUGUCAUGUUUUAAGGAACCAUGUUCAGUAGAGCUCUCAUGUAUUUGCAUCAUUACUGACCUUGCACUGUUGUUAAUGAUGAUAAAAUUCUUUGGAAAACUUCCUUAAUGAAAAUAUGAUGCAAGAGGGAAGCUUGUGAAACUGGGACACUGCUGGAACUGCAUCCUAAGAGCUGAGAUCACGGUUUAAUGGUAGAUAUGUUCCCAGCUUUUGUGGUAUACAGGAGCCCUACAACAUAAAAUACUGCAAGAGCCUGUGAAUGAUCUGAUCUGGCACUUACAAAGUAACUAGUAAAAAAUCCCAGAAGUGGGAUGAAAUGAACAUCAUAGCUACGUACCACCCAGCAGGCAAAGAUUAUGGCUUGAUGAAAAUAGAUGAGCCGAGUACUCCUUACCACAGCAUGGUAGGAGAAGAUGAUGAGGACGCAGUGAGUGAUUCAGAAUCAAAUGAACCCUUAAAAGCAGAUGUGUUAAGUAAAAAACUGGCAGCUGCAGCUGAAGGUAAAGGACCCAAGAUUAUAGCAAAGCAGGAGGAAAGCAGUGAGGAGGAGGAAGAGGAUGAAGAAUUAACACCUGAAGAACGAGAGAAAAAGAAACAGUUUGAAAUGAAGAGAAAAAUGCACUACAAUGAAGGACGAAACAUCAAACUGGCAAGACAGCUCAUUGCAAAAGAACUACAUGGUGAAGAAGAGGAUGAUGAUGAGGAUGAAGAGAUGCAUGAUGCUGCAGAUGUAGAAACAAUGAAUACAGAAGCUACUGAACAUGCUGCCAUCUAUCUGCACUCUGCUGUAAAACAGAGGCAACUCCGCUCCCCAGCUGCAUUCUCCAGUGGAAGGAAGGCACACCUUUGCAGCAUUUUUCCAUCUCUAUUGUUGAAGUCCAUUCCACCUUGCCUCAUAACCAGCUUCAGAGCCACGACUGACUGAGAUUUCUUGCUGAUUGAAAUGAAGAUGGCCAGUCCAGUCAGUGAUGCACAUGCUACUCGUGACCAGCUGGAAAGUAGAGUACACAGCAUAGAAGAAAUCUGUCCAGAACUGUAACUGCUUGUCAAAGACACAAAUACAAACAUCGCUUCAUGAUUUUCGCAAUUAAGGCUCUUAAAUAUUGAGAAGCAUAUCAGUUAAAAUGUUGUAUUGCCAAGAAUGUUAAUUUUAGACUUGUCCAUUAGGCAGAGAAACCUGUCUAAUUGAUUGAUUCUUGUGCCUAGUAUUUCAUGAAGAAUACUGCUUCAUAAUCUGUUCAGCCAGAAUGGCAUUCCCUGUAUGUGUACCGCUGAUUAUCUUGCAUAUGUACUGUUACUCUUCAUGCUUUGCAACAGACAGUAUCUUUUGGUUUUUCACUAUUUAUUUGACAGUGUUCUAGGUGUGGUAUCUCUUAUGGAAAGGUUCGGGAUUCAAGAGCCAAACGGUACAGCAUAUAUCAGAUUGACAUGCAAGCUAUUUAUCAGAUGUGUUAAGCAGUUUAAAAAGGGAUUAUUUAAGUCUUACAACUUUUUGUGUAAAAUGUUGACCUGUUAAUUUAGACUUCAGUACGUUAUUACUUGUACUUUCCCAGUCCUUACCAGAAGAGCUGUAUUAUUUUUUAAGAGUGGUGUUUGGAAUCAGUUGUUAGUUUCCAACUAAGGCAGUACUAAUGUCUGGUGAAGGAAAUGUUUUUACACUGGAAAUGUGCUAACUUGAACUUUGCAUUUAACUGUCAUUCUCUCUUACAUUGCGACUGGAUGUUUUAUGGAGCUCUCUUUGGCUUAUGGUGAGAACAUGGAAGUUCCCUCCAACUUUUCUCUUAAAACCACACCCACUGUCACUCUUCUGGCUUGUUUCAAACUUUUGGUCCUUUCCAGUUGCAUGAAGAGUGCUUGUGCUACUAGCACCUGAGGAAAAACACCCAACCAUGAGCAAAUCCACAUCAGGACUGCGAAGAUGAGCUGAGUUUAGGCUCUGGCUGUUCUUUAUCUAAAGAUCACUGCUGAUGAUCUCCUACUCGUUUGGGGUUGGUAACCUGAAAACGACUGGUCUAAAUCUUCCUGCAUCCAUUGUACCUUACAGCAGAUGCUUUUGUAAAAUGAAGGCUGUUUGGAAGAACAGAAGGGAAACUGCCUAAUGAAAUACUUGUUUACAGUGUGGUUGUAUAGCCCCUGUAAAGAGGGAUUCUGAACCUCCAAAUUGCUGUAAACAACUUCCCACUCGGUGGAUUUUGACUGGUGAAUGUUCCAGUAUUCAGAGUAGUUCCUGGGUUUUAUUACACAAAUGAAGUAUAUACUUAAGCUUUAGCUUGGUUAUGGGAUACAGUGUAUAUCUUAACUUUGAUCUGAAUUUGAUACGUUGCAAAAAUCCAUAUAAUUAUAUGGAUCUAUUUUAAAAUGUCUUUUUGUCCACUGUAUAUGUGAAGUUUGAAUAAAGGAAUGAAAGUUAUUUUACAGUUAUAUGCAUUCUCAAGUGUGAGCUUUCAUGAAAUCCCAGAAAGAGUGAGAGUGAAUAAGGCAAUAGGAUGCUGUGCUUCGAAAGAUUUAUACAGGAAUAAUUAAUUAGAAUGGAUGCAUUGCCAAAGAUACCUCUGAGUUGUGCUAAUUGGAUGUGGUAGCGUGCCUUUUCCCAACUAUCUCCUCUCCUUAGUAGGUAACAGGGUUGUCAGUUCUGGGCUAUUUACUCUUCUAAGGGCCUGAAUCAGGAUUAAUAGCAUCUUUUAACAAGAAAGAGUUGAACUCUUGAUUCAGUCUAGUGUGGUAAUGCUAACUUUUCAAUAUGGAGAAUGCUAUUUCUUCUUGUAUUGAACAUGGUCACUUCUGUAGAAUAAACAGGGGCAAAGAGUAAGCAUUUAGAUACUUUUGACUCCUAAAGUCACUUAGUGUAGCUUUAAAUUUGGCUCCCAAGAAUAGGAUUUCAGAACUUCAAGUCUGUACCCUUCAUAUACCAGCUUGCAGUGUUUAGACUGUUGGAAUGUCUGCACUGACCUGUACUUCAAACUGGCAGGCCAAUGGCCUGGUCUGCCCCAGCGAGGGCAGUUAAGUCCUACUGGGAGUGGCAGCGCUCCACAAAGCUGUGUUACAUCCAGACUGGAGCGUGAAUGGGCCAAGAUUUGACCAAUGUAUACGGGUAAUGCAGAUACCUCUUUUACAGCAUUGCAGAAGAUUACUUGUGCUUUGGGAUAAGUGGGUACUUUGUACCUGCAAUUGUAGAAUUGUAGAAUCAUUUAGGCUGGAAAAGACCUUUAAGAUCAUCAAGCUCAACUGUUAACCUAGCACUGCCAAGUCCACCACUAAAGCGUGUCCCUCAGUGCCACAUCUACACAUCUUUUUAAAUACCUCCCGGGAUGGGGACUCCAUCAGAAGCAGCUCUUACAUGAGCUGAUGUCCUGCCCUCCUUCCCUCCCAUUUUCUGUGUUCAAGAUCUCAUUUUCAUUUUGGUGCUCAGUGGGGGGAUUUUGUACUCUCCAAUGCCUACAAAGUAUUUUGUAUAAGAAACAAAAAAACCUGUUGCUAACUUCCAGUGAAGACCUUUCCUGUUAAUGGCUUCCAGAAUCCUGGAUGAAAUGGGUAUGUAGUAUUGAGGGAGGUACAGUAUGCGUAAAUGCAUGAAGCUGGCUUUAAGUAACCCUCAGGAUGUGUAGUAGGCCCCUUCAUCUGUCAGAUGAUUUUGAGCUGUCUGGGAGAUCUCCAUUUUUGCAUGCCACCAAGCCCCCAAGCUUUAGUUAGAUGCCUGUUAGAACUUGUACUGUACUAAAGGCUUUGUUCUCCUCUUCAUUCUCUUCAGUGCUAGCAAAAAUUCUGUUCACGCUGCUUCAUCUUGCUCACCUGGAGUGCAUCCCAAUGUACCUAAAGCUGCUUUUAACUGAAAGGCUGGUUUGCUUGAUUCUUGUUUUUCCAGGCUUACACCCUCAUGCAUUUUAACAGUUAAAAUAGGCAAGUUUGCUUUGCGGUAGCUACAAUACUCUAUAUAGCUUUUUUUUUUUACUGAAGGGGUGUCUGAUUUUCUUCUCUUCUGGAAAUGUCAAUUACAGUUCCCUGCUGAGUGGGGACAAGAGAAUAAAUGCCUUUUUUAAAUUUGAUGGAGACUUGGCUUGCGUGCAUAGCUUAAUCUUGGGAUGCAUAUGGGGAAGGCUCAUUCGUACAGUAGAGUGAUACAAAGAGGAAACAAAAGACAUGCAGCCCUCACUAAUAUGGACAUUUUGCUCCACAGCAUUGUAAUUGUGAAGCUUCCUGCACAGGUUUAAGUCCUCAAGCUGCAUCCCCUUUAGAGAAAAUAUUUUCCAUAUGCUUCCAUUAGGAAGAUCACUUGCAAAUAAGAGCCUUAACUUCAUCUUUAAAGUUUUUUUUCUGUCCUUGAAGUUUCUUUCACACUGAGUUGUACACAGUUCAUGGAAAUUGCAAAUAUUUUUUCCACAGCUGGCUCUCUGGUGUUAAACUUGUGUAUCUUACCAGAACUCUUUGUUUCUGUAACAUGCUUUUUGUGGUGUUUAUUAUGAUACCACCUCACAAAUGUAAUUAUUCUGUUUGAAACCAGUGUUAAGUGUCACAACGUAAA